AUUUCUGUAGGCCAUCGAACAUUAUUCAUUGGAGUUCAUGUACCACUUGGUGGCAGGAAAAGCCAUCGUCGUCACAGUCACCGACAUCGUGGACACAAACACCGAAAAAAGGACAGGGAACGGGACUCAGGUUUAGAAGAUGGACGGGAAUCUCCUACAUACGACACUCCAUCUCAGAGGGUUCAGUUUAUCCUGGGGACAGAAGAUGACGAUGAAGAACAUAUUCCACAUGACUUAUUUACAGAGCUGGAUGAAAUCUGUUUACGAGAAGGUGAUGAUGCUGAAUGGCGGGAAAUGGCCAGGUGGUUGAAGUUUGAAGAAGAUGUUGAAGAUGGUGGAGAACGAUGGAGCAAACCCUACGUGGCCACACUGUCACUUCACAGUCUGUUUGAAUUGAGAAGUUGUAUUCUGCAUGGUACUGUGCUGCUGGACAUGAGGGCCAACUCCUUGGAAGAAAUUGCAGAUAUGAUUCUGGAUCAACAAGUAGCUUCAGGCCAACUAAGUGAGGAUGUCCGUCAUAGAGUUCACGAGGCUCUCCUGAAACAACACCAUCAUCAAAACCAAAAGAAAUUAAGCAAUCGAAUACCAAUUGUGCGCUCAUUCGCUGAUAUUGGCAAGAAACAGUCAGAGCCUCAUUCUAUGGACAAAAAUGCAGGUCAGCUUGUGUCCCCGCAGUCUGCUCCCUCUUGCAUUGAACAUAAAAAUGAUGUCAGUCGAGAGAACAGCACUCUUGACGUUACCAAGUUUGAUUUACAUUUUAUGAAAAAAAAUCCCUCCUGGGGCAGAAGCUUCCAACAUCUUAGUUGGUGAACUGGAAUUUUUAGAUCGAGCUGUGGUUGCGUUUGUUAGACUUUCUCCUGCAGUUUUGAUCAAUGGCCUUACAGAAGUCCCCAUUCCAUCAAGAUUUCUGUUUAUACUACUGGGACCACUUGGAAAGGGACAGCAGUAUCAUGAAAUUGGACGGUCAAUUGCCACUUUGAUGACAGAUGAGGUAUUUCAUGAUGUUGCGUAUAAAGCCAAGGAUCGUAAUGAUCUUGUCUCUGGGAUUGAUGAAUUUCUUGAUCAAGUGACAGUGCUUCCACCUGGCGAGUGGGAUCCAUCAAUCCGAAUUGAACCACCUAAAAAUGUUCCUUCACAGGAAAAGCGUAAAACACCAGGGGUGCCUAAUGGAACAGCAGCGUUAGGAGAACCGGAAGAACAUGGAGGACACAGUGGCCCUGAACUAGAAAGAACUGGAAAAUUUUUUGGAGGUCUGGUCAUGGAUGUCAAGAGGAAAGCUCCUUUUUUCUGGAGCGACUUCAGGGAUUCAUUCAGUUUGCAAUGUUUAGCUUCAUUCCUGUUCCUUUACUGUGCAUGCAUGUCCCCUGUCAUCACAUUCGGAGGUCUUCUUGGAGAGGCAACUGAAGGCCGUAUAAGUGCAAUAGAGUCUCUAUUUGGAGCCUCAAUGACAGGAAUAGCCUUUUCCUUGUUCGGGGGACAACCUCUUACUAUUCUGGGAAGCACGGGACCAGUGCUGGUGUUUGAGAAGAUACUGUUCAAAUUUUGCAAGGAGUAUGGACUGUCGUAUCUCUCAUUAAGGGCAAGCAUAGGUCUGUGGACGGCCUUCAUGUGCAUUGUCCUGGUUGCCACCGACGCAAGUUCCCUGGUGUGUUACAUUACACGGUUUACUGAGGAAGCGUUUGCGGCACUCAUCUGCAUCAUUUUCAUUUACGAGGCCUUAGAGAAGCUGUUUCAACUAGGUGAGAAACAUCCAAUCAACAUGAAUAAUAAUUUGGAACUUCUAACACAGUAUUCGUGCAGCUGUAUCGAGCCCAGUAAGCCUAGCAAUGGUACCUUAACAUAUUGGGAGAAACAUAAUAUUACAGCAUCAGAGAUAUCGUGGAGUAACCUAACUGUCUCUGCAUGCCAUCAUUUUAAAGGAGAGUUUGUGGGUAGAGCCUGUGGACAUGAAGGUCCCUAUGUACCUGAUGUUCUGUUCUGGUCCAUCAUCCUAUUCUUUGCAACUGUCACAAUGUCCUCAACUCUGAAACAAUUCAAAACCAGCCGUUACUUUCCUACAAAGGUGCGUUCCAUAAUCAGUGACUUUGCCGUGUUCCUUACUAUAAUGGUUAUGGUAGCAAUAGAUUAUUGUCUUGGAAUUCCAUCCCCAAAGCUUCAGGUUCCAAGUGAUUUCAAGCCUACAAGAGAUGAUCGUGGCUGGUUCGUUAACCCGUUAGGACCAAAUCCUUGGUGGACAGUGCUUGCUGCUGUCAUUCCAUCUCUGCUCUGUACCAUUCUGAUCUUUAUGGACCAACAAAUUACAGCUGUCAUUAUUAACAGGAAAGAACACAAGUUAAAGAAAGGCUGUGGCUACCAUCUUGAUCUUCUGAUGGUUGGUAUCAUGCUUGGCGUGUGCUCGGUGAUGGGUCUGCCCUGGUUUGUUGCUGCAACUGUCCUCUCUAUCACUCAUGUAAACAGUCUCAAGCUGGAGUCAGAGUGUUCGGCUCCAGGAGAACAGCCUAAAUUUUUAGGGAUCCGCGAACAAAGGGUUACGGGACUCAUGAUUUUUGUACUCAUGGGGUCCUCUGUAUUUAUGACAAGAGUUCUUCAGUUUAUUCCUAUGCCAGUUCUUUAUGGAGUCUUUCUCUAUAUGGGUGCCUCAUCACUAAAGGGAAUUCAGUUCUUUGACAGGAUAUUAUUAUUUUGGAUGCCAGCAAAACACCAGCCAGACUUUAUCUAUUUGAGGCACGUCCCCCUUCGUAAGGUCCACCUCUUUACCAUCCUGCAGCUGACCUGUCUUGUACUGCUGUGGGUAAUCAAAGCCUCCAGGGCAGCCAUUGUUUUCCCAAUGAUGGUAUUGGCAUUGGUGUUUGUAAGGAAAUUAAUGGAUUUUUUCUUUACUAAACGUGAACUGAGUUGGUUGGAUGAUCUUAUGCCUGAAAGUAAGAAAAAGAAAUUGGAAGAUGCAGAGAAAGAGGAGGAGCAAAGCAUGUUGGUGUUGGAAGAUGAGGGAACUGUCCAGCUACCGAUGGAAGGAAACUGCAGAGAGGACCCAUCAGUAAUAAAUAUUUCUGAUGAAAUGGCAAAAACAUCAGUGUGGAAGACUCUGCUAUUAACCUCAGAAAACACAAAGACUAAGGAAUCUUCUUCUAAAAGGUUUUAA